UUUUUCUAUUUGUUAGGAAAUCAGUCAAAAUUGAAAAUAUCCUCCGGAGUUUCAUCAUCGGGGGUUUUUACCGCCAAACCUCAACACCUGGCCCCGGUUCCCGCUUGCGGCCAAGCAUAACUUGCCAGUGCGUCCGCCGUCCACCUCGUGCCGUUUCAGAUUCCAGCUCCAGCUCCAGCCAGACCCGAUUUCGACGAAAUGUUUGAGGCACGACUUGUCCAGAGUUCCAUCCUGAAGAAGGUUCUGGAGGCGAUCAAGGACCUUCUGAACGAGGCGAUGUUCGACUGUUCCGAUUCCGGGAUCCAACUCCAGGCCAUGGACAAUUCUCACGUCAGCCUCGUUUCUCUCAACCUGAGAAGCGAUGGCUUCGACAAGUACAGAUGCGAUCGUAAUCUUUCCAUGGGCAUCAACUUGGUCAGCAUGGCCAAAAUCAUGAAGUGCGCAGGGAACGAUGACAUCCUGACGAUCAAAGCUCAGGACAAUGCUGAUACGGUCAUGUUCAUGUUUGAAUCUCAGAACCAAGAGAAAGUAUCAGAUUAUGAAAUGAAACUGAUCCUUCUGGACCAAGAACAUCUUGGAAUUCCUGAGACAGAUUAUUCCUGCAUUAUAAAAAUGCCGUCAGGCGAAUUCGCCAGGAUAUGCAAGGACUUGAGUAUGUUCGGCGAGUCAAUUGUCAUAUCUUGUUCAAAAGAGGGUGUCAAAUUCUCAGCGACUGGUGAUGUCGGAUCAGCAAAUGUGAAACUGGCCCAAUCUUCAAAUGUGGACAAAGAAGAGGAAGCAGUCACCAUUGAAAUGCAAGAGCCGGUGACUCUAACAUUCGCAUGCAGAUAUUUGAAUUCGUUCACAAAAGCUACCCCGCUGUCGCAACAAGUUCAACUUUCUAUGUCAGCUGAUGUACCGCUUGUAGUCGAAUACAAAAUCGGAGACAUCGGUCAAAUAAGAUACUACCUCGCUCCCAAAAUUGACGAGGAAGAAGAUAACUAAACUUUUUAAACAAAUUAAUAUUAACACAAACAUAAACAAAAUCACUACAAAUACAUACACAAAAUGUAAAUAUGUUCACAAUUUUUGUUUUCAAAUGUUUUCUUCCCUUAGUUAAAAUUGUAUAUAAUGAUAAUGCGAUUGAAUCUUGAAUUUGAACAGAAUAUUUUUGGCCACCUGUUUUUUUUAUUAAUACAAUGCGUUGAAUUCUUUUA